UUGAAAGUUGCUACUCUAUUCGAAAACAUAACACAUCAUGUCUGGACGCGGUAAAGGAGGCAAAGUUAAGGGAAAGGCAAAGUCCCGCUCGAAUCGUGCUGGUCUUCAGUUCCCUGUGGGCCGUAUCCACCGUCUGCUGAGGAAAGGAAAUUAUGCCGAACGUGUUGGAGCCGGAGCACCCGUCUAUCUGGCGGCUGUGAUGGAAUACCUCGCUGCUGAAGUGUUGGAAUUGGCAGGAAACGCUGCCCGUGACAACAAGAAGACCAGAAUCAUCCCGCGUCAUCUGCAGCUGGCCAUUCGCAACGAUGAGGAGUUGAACAAACUGCUCUCCGGAGUGACCAUUGCUCAGGGCGGUGUUCUGCCAAACAUCCAAGCCGUGCUACUCCCCAAGAAGACCGAAAAGAAGGCCUAAAUCGAACGCUGAACUAACCCUUGUACAAAACCGUCCUUUUCAGGACGACCACAUAUUUGCGAUAAAGAAAAAAAUUGAAAAUG